AUAUUUUAUUAUAUUUUAUUAUAUUUUAUUAUAUUUUAUUAUAUUUUAUUAUAUUUUAUUAUAUUUAUAAAUAAAAAUAUUUAUAGAUUUAAAGCCUUUAUAGAUUUUCUAAAUAAGUUUUAUUCUAUUUAUAUAAAUAAUAUUCUAGUUUAUUUAUUAGAAUUAAGGAAAAAAUACUAUAAAUAUAUAUAA